CCCCCUCAACUGGCGGGGCAACACAAGUAUCAGUAGCACGGGAAGACCUGCAGGGUAGACACUGUAUCUUAUCUAGGUAGUGCUUUCUUCCGAUAAAGCAAGUGCUUAAUUCCAACACAAAGCAAAUGGCAUCGGUCAGUCCUUCCUUCACCGCGGACGCCUGGGCUGGGCGACCAUUAAAUAUCAUAUACGCAGGGAUAACGGAGCUUGUAAGCGAUGCCUCAGGCGGAAGAGUUGCGAUUGCCAUUCGGAAUUCUACAGACCUGGUCGACUUGCUCGUCUGUACUUUGCAUGCCCCUCGCCCCGAUGCGCCAGACCACGCCACCAGCGAGAUAAUCUCGGAGCUGAGGGAGUACAGGGAUAAGCAUGGGGAGAAGAUAAUCAGCGCUGCAUUGCAUGAGUCUCUCGCGGACAAGUGUCCAUCCCUCUGCUCGCGACUCUGGGGCGAAUUAGACAUUGUGCCCUUGGUCCUAGACCAUAAAGACCGCGAACGACAAUACGACGACCAGGGCGAGUUGGCUACCUUUUCCGGAUGGCAUAAGAAGGAGCUUGACGAGCGGGCGGAUUCCAUGGUGCGAAAGUGCAUACGGUCUUUUGGCAUCGGGCAUGUACUGCACAAUCAUAUAAACCUCGAUGGCUCGGUAGACGUUGACAGAAGUUACCAUGUGCACCUCGCUAAUAAGGACGAUUACGAGAACACCGUCGACCCUACUACAUGGUCUUUGGCUCAAAACUAUGCCCAGGACCUAAGGCAGAGGGAUGUGAAGAUUGCUUUCUUCAGUAUGACAUGCCAAGGCAAGCCUGAUGUUCCUACACGACAUGCACUCGCAAGGUUUUCCCAGAGCCUUGGGAUUUACAUCAAAUGGUUCGUACCAAAGCCACGGCCCGGGAUGAUUCCUCUUAUCCGAAAGAUGCAGGACACCCUUGAAGGACUGGGCGAUACCCUUCCAGAUAUCACGAUCAACGACGAGCUACUGAUUCUCGACUUUGCGUAUUCAAAUGCCCGAAGAUAUUGGUUGUGCGAGAAUGGGCCUCUCCGGCCGCGUGCAGAAGGUGGCGUCGAUGUGGUAAUCAUUGACAGUGCACCUCUGUUGACGUUGGCUCUUCUUUCAAAGCAGCAAGACCCCGAGAGGCCUGUCAUUUUUGAGAGCAGCCUCCAGCCUCAAGGCGACUCGCUUGGGGAUCCUCAUAGCCCACAAUCUCGGGCAUGGGAGUUUAUCAAAACUAGGCUGACGCAUGUGGAUUUGGUGGUGUCUCUUCUUCCCAAGGAACUUGCACCACGCAUAAUGCCAGAAGAUCAUGUUGGCUACAUGCCAUUUUCUGUUGACCAGCUCGACGGUCAGAAUAAACCAUUGACAAACUGGGACAUGGUAUUCUAUGGCCGAGAGUUCAGCUCCCUGUGCCGAACCCUGCAGAUGUCUAUCAUACGAUAUCCUGAAGAGCAAUACAUCCUCCAUCUAUCACAGUUCCGCCCCGGCGAUGGCACCCUCUGUCUUCUUGAGUCAUAUGGAAAAUUCCGCGACAUAUAUAUCAAGAAAUAUCCCGGACAGGCUUUCCCUAAGCUACUCAUCUGCCACCACGGCCCAUUCCGAAGCCCCGAAAGCUCCAUGCUCUACGACACCGUUAUGUCGCAGCUCGACAACAUCGAGAGCUUAGCCUCAUCCGUCUGCAUCAUCCCAAUCGGCGCCUUGGACCAGAUGUGGAACGCCCUCCUCACCAACGCAAUGGCCCUUGUGCAACUCUCCAUCCUGCACGGCGUCCCUGAAUUGCUACUCGGAGCAAUUCAGAAGGAAACACUGGUGAUUUCAAUCCGAGAAGCACAACUCUUCCCUUUCAUCCGUGAACACGAGAAUGCCAUUUUGGUCAACCAAGCGGACACGGAUGCUAUAGCAGAGCAGUUGGUUCGUCUUUUCAGUGGCGAUGAACCACAUCAGCUUAAGCCCAAUCCUUCAUCCAGGAAGGUGUUUAAUAAGAAUGCCAAGCUUCCAGAUGAGACUACAACGGUCGGAAACGCAGUCAGCUGGAUGUAUCUGGCAUCGAAGCUCUCUCAGGGGGAGAAAUUCGAACCUCGGGGUGGAAAUAUCUAUGAGUUGGCUCGGGAGGAAACUCAGUAUUAUGAUUUUGAUUGACUUUCGCUAUGUAUAUGGAUAUCAGCGUUAUCAUCAUACUAUUGUGGGAUAAGCAAUC